UGUAACAUUUUGAUGUAUAUAAUGGUGAGAAUUUAUGGUCAAAGUUUUUAUACUUUGGACACAUUUUCCAAAGCGUAAUGAACUUUCUGAAACGGAGUUAGUAACUAUAAUGAACUCCUUCAUUGUUCUUCCUCCUCCUUUCCCUUCUUAAAUCCAGUUAUCCACCUGACCAGUUACCAGUUACCACCCCCAACAUUGGUGUCCUACCUUCUUCCCACCAUUUAUUUUUUUAUGGCAACGGCUCCUUUUCUUGUCUUUUUCACCAUAGCCACCGCCGCCACUUUUACCUCCAUUUUCUCCGCCACCACCGUGACGGAGAUUGACUCACUGCUUGCAUUCAAGCUCAACCUCAAUGAUCCACUUGGUGCCUUAGAUGGCUGGGAUGCUUCCACUCCGUUAGCCCCCUGUGACUGGCGUGGGGUUAGCUGUUACUUUAGAAAAGUCCAUGAACUCCGCCUCCCACGCCUCCAGCUUCGCGGUGUUCUUUCGCCGGAACUUGCUAAUUUACGCCAGUUGGAAGGGUUAAGCCUUCACUCUAACAACUUCCAUGGCUCUCUUCCUCAGUCUCUCUCCUCCCUUACUCUCCUCCGUGCUCUUUACCUCCAUAAUAAUUCCUUUUCUGGAGAUAUUCCGUCGGAGAUUCUCACUCUUAACAGCUUACAGGUUGUUAAUCUCUCCGGUAACUACCUAACGGGAAGAAUUUCGGCCGGAAUUUCUCCUAACAUUCGAGUGUUUGACAUUUCUCACAAUAAUUUUUCCGGUGGAUUACCGACGAAUUUUUCCAGAAGUUUACAGCUGAGACUAAUUAAUCUCUCUUCCAAUAAAUUCUCCGGCGAGAUUCCGGCGAGCAUUGGUGCGCUUCAGUCGCUGCAGUACUUAUCGCUCGACUCGAAUCUCCUCGUUGGAACUAUUCCUUCUGCGAUCCUGAGUUGUACUUCACUCGUUCAUUUCUCGGCCGACAAUAACUUCAUCUCCGGCAACGUUCCGGCGACGAUUGGAGCAUUGCCGUUGCUGGAGGUACUUUCUCUCUCCUCCAACAACCUCUCUGGUAUGGUCCCUGCCUCUGUAUUUUGUAAUGUAUCAAACCCUAGGUCACUUCGAAGCGUUUUCUUGGGUAAUAAUGCAUUAACAGGAAUGGCAAAGCUGCCAAUCGAUUGUACAUUUAGAAGUGGUUUGGAGGUUUUAGAUGUUCAUCGGAAUAGCAUUGUUAGUGAGUUUCCGAAUUGGGUGGCGGAUAUUCCUACGUUGAGGGUUCUAGAUCUUUCUGGCAACCUCUUCACAGGGUCCCUCUCGAAUUUCGGAAAUUUGACGAGAUUAGAGGAGUUUAGGGUGGCUAAUAAUUCUUUAAAUGGACAAAUUCCUGUUGAAAUAGCACAAUGUAAAUUAUUGAGUGUUCUUGAUCUUGAAGGGAAUCAAUUUUCUGGGGAAAUCCCAGGGAUUUUUGAAAAUUUGAAAAAAAUGAGAGUUUUGUCAUUAGCAAGGAACAGAUUUGUGGGUUCCAUUGACAUUGAUGUGAGUAGCAUUCAGAGUUUGGAAGUAUUGAAUUUGAGUGAAAAUGAGUUGACUGGAGUGGUCCCAAACGAGGUGCUUCAACUCACUAAUUUAACCACUUUGAACCUCAGCUUCAACAAUUUUUCUGGGCAGGUUCCUGUAGAAAUUGGUGGUUUGAAGAGUUUGAGUGUGUUGAAUUUGAGUAACUGUGGCUUUUCGGGUUCGAUUCCGACUAGCAUUGGGAGUAUGAUGAGGCUAAGAGUUGUAGAUUUGAGCAAACAGAAUUUAUCUGGGAAUCUUCCUGUUGAGUUAUUUGGGUUACCCAAUUUGGAGGUUGUUGCAUUACAGGAGAACAAUUUACAAGGGGAUACCUCUGUUGUUGAAGGGUUUAGUAGCUUACUUGGGUUGAAAUACUUAAAUCUUAGCUCCAAUUCGCUAUCUGGUAAUAUUCCGGUAACUUUUGGCUUCCUCCGGUCCUUGAACGUCCUCUCUCUAUCUGAUAAUCGAAUCUCCGGUAAAAUUCCACCAGAGCUUGGCAAUUGUUCAGAGUUACAAGUAGUUGAAGUUGCGAGGAACCGUUUGGAAGGCAAUAUUCCGAAUUCUUUAUCAAGGCUGUCUCAUUUGAAAGAGCUUGAUUUAGGUCACAAUAAUUUGGAUGGUGAUAUUCCAGACAACAUUUCCAAAUGCUUAAAUUUGCAGUAUUUGGUUUUGGAUUCCAACAAUUUAUCAGGGUCAAUACCAGGCUCAUUGUCACAAUUAUCAACCUUGCAAAAUCUUAAUUUGUCAUCGAAUCAUUUGGAAGGAGAAAUCCCGAAAACAAUAGGGUCUCGCUUCAGCGAUCCUUCGUUGUUUACAAACAACAGAAACCUAUGUGGGUAUCCAUUGAAGAAAGAGUGCUCGUAUGUGAAGAAGAAAAGGAGGAAGUUGAUGUUGUUAAUUAGUGUUGCAGUUGCAGGGCUUGUUUUCCUAAUACUAUGUUGUUGUGGCUACAUCAUAAGCCUCCUGCGUUGGCGUAAAAAGCUGAUGACAGGAAAGAAGAAACCCAGCACACCGAGAAAAAGCUCUGGAACAACAGAAAGAAGUAGAAGAAGCAGUGAAAAUGGUACUCCAAAGCUUGUCAUGUUCAAUAACAAGAUAACCUUAGCAGAAGCCAUAGAAGCAACAAGGCAAUUUGACGAAGAAAAUGUCCUUAGCAGAGGGAAAUAUGGGAUGGUAUUCAAGGCAUUAUUUGCUGAUGGAAUGGUCUUAGCAAUCAGAAGAUUACAAGACGGAUUUCUCGAUGAUCGUGGCUUCAAGAAGGAGGCGGAGAUGCUCGGGAAAGUGAAACACAGGAAUCUAACAGUUUUAAGGGGGUAUUAUGCCGGUCCACCCGAUAUAACAAGACUGCUAGUAUAUGACUACAUGCCGAAUGGAAACUUGGGUACUCUUCUUCAAGAAGCGUCUCACCAUGACGGGCAUGUUCUAAACUGGCCAAUGAGGCACUUAAUUGCACUCGGUAUCGCUCGAGGAAUCACGUAUUUGCACUCCUUAGAUAUGGUUCAUGGUGAUAUCAAACCUCAAAAUGUGUUGUUUGAUGCUGAUUUUGAACCACAUUUAUCAGAAUUUGGUCUAGACAGGUUGACAAUAGAAGCUUCAACAUCAACACCACAAAUCGGAACACUUGGGUAUGUAGCCCCGGAAAUGGGGUUAACGGGUCAUGUGUCGAGAGAAGGGGAUAUCUAUAGUUUUGGGAUCGUUUUGUUGGAGAUAUUGACAGGGAAAAGACCCAUUAUGUUUGAGCAAGAUGAUGAAGAUAUUGUUAAAUGGGUCAAGAAACAACUGCAAACAGGUCAAAUAUCCGAGUUACUUGACCCAGGUUUGCUCGAGCUUGACCCGGAAUCAUCUGAGUGGGAAGAGUUUUUACUUGGGAUCAAAGUUGGCCUUCUUUGCACAGCACUAGACCCGAGUGACAGACCGUCCAUGGGCGAUAUCGUCUUUAUGCUUGAAGGUUGUCGGGUAGGACCCGAUAUACCUUCCGACCUCCCUUCCCCAGCUGGGUGACCCAUGAAGAAAAAGUUGACUACCCAACCAACUUUGUGAUUCAGAUUUUCUGAUUUUGUUUCAAUUUUAACAAAUUGCAUUAGUGAUUUCUGAUGUGUGUAAAAUUCCUACCUUCCUGUAACCUGUUAGGUAAGCUUGAACUUAAAUUUAGCUGUUUUAGUUGUUCUAUCAAAUGCAUUACAUUCUAUUGGAUUUUGUUUGUUGGGUUGUUUUUCUAAUAAUAAUUGUUUGAUUUUGGUGGGA